AUGUAUUCCGAGAAUUUUAGUAACCCUAAMUGUGUCUUACAAAACAACAAAUUCCGGGCUGGCGGUGGAGAAACCAUCGUCCAACCAGUCGCUGCUUACGGUCAAAAUUCCCAGUCGUACUACAACGGUAACAACAGCAGUAGCAGCAGCAGCAGUAACAGUAGCAGAUUUGCGUCGGUUGAAAGUGAUCACAAUAACAUAUCAUCCGCGUACGAUACGACGGCUGAAAACUGCGUGUUCCAAGACGACUUGGAAAAAACACCGGAAUACGAUCGAAUAUGCAAAUUGUUGAAUCAGCCGAUCCAUGCGUUCGGUCAUCAGGAGUCGAAGUCCAAAAAGACGGUUCAGCAGAACAACCGGAACCAGCACCAACAGCACCAGCAGCACCAACAGCAGCAACAACAGCACAUGCAGCGGCAACUUAAGCAACAGCAACACAAAAGCCAGCAGCACCAAAACCAGCAACAACAACAACAGCAGUACAACAGCAUGCUGGGUCGUGCACUGUCGUCUUCACAACAGAACCGACAGGCGGCGUUGAAUAACAGCAAUAAUACGUUUGGGAAUGUUCAAAAUUCGAACCGUAGUCGGACGAACUUUCGCUACGAUGACGAAGACGACGAAGACGAGUUGUUGGAGCAGCAACAGCAACAACAGACACAACGACACAAUUAUGGGAUACAACCGGCGGCGCAGCAGGUGACCGUGGCGUCGGCAGUGGUGUCUGACAACGACAGCAGCGGCACGAUCAGUGGAAUGUUGGCUGACUUUAGCCGGUCUAUAGCUAACAUGAACGGUAGUGGAUCAGCAGCAACGACAACGACUCCGUUGUACAACGGCAGUGAAAAAUUUGGCGAGAACAAACUCAAAUACGAUUCCAUGUCGGGCGAAAACAAUCAGAAACAACAGUAUCAACAGCAGACGCAACAGCAACAGCAGCAAUAUCAACAGCAUAGUUUCACCGAUGGUUUUUCGACGUCUCCCGGUACGACAACGCAAUUGCGACGCACCCAAUCGAUCAUCAGUCAAAAUCUGCGAGACCAACAGUACCAGCUGUACUGUACAGGCUCGUCUCCACUGCUKCAGCAGAAACAGCCGUUACAGCAACAGCAGUACGGCAACACUUCUGUCGCUCAACURCAGCAGCAGCAGCAGCAAACCACCAACAACGCUUACGGACCGUCGGAAGACGGCUUGUUGUACGGCACCGGUGGUGUCGGAACCGGRCCGUCGAACAUCGUUGCGAGACAGGCACAGCAACAGCUACAAACUAUAGCCGCCGAUUCACAAAUACGACAGCAACAGUACACGGCCACCGGCAUCACAGCAGCCAAUAGUCUGCCGACCGAAACGAAUUAUUCGUCUUCGUCGACGAUUGACACUGGAAACGCGGCCGCAAUGCAACAACAAUUGUUGUAUAAUAAACUAGGAGACAGUGGCAGUGCUAUGUUUAACUGCCAACAACAGACAUAUCAACAACAACAAGAUAUCUUGUACCAGCCUUAUCAACCGGAAUACGGCACAUAUCAGCAACAGCAACAGCAGCAACAACAACAACAACAACAACAACAACAACAACAACAACAACCGCAACAACAACUCUCGCACAAUCAAAUGCAACAACAGCAGCAGUCAAACCAGCAGCAAUACAAUCAGUCCCAACAACAACUACAACAACAGCCGCAACAGCAGUAUCAACAGCAGCAGAACCAACAAUAUCAGUCCAAUCAGCUGCAACARUAUCAGAGAUUUCCUGAUCAAGAUCAACAACAGUUACCUUCGAUCGUUGGCAAUAAUCCUCACCAAUAUGGUACCGAACAACAACWACAACAGCAACAGCAACCCCACCAACAGCAACGGGUGGACUUCAACUCUGGUCAGAAUGUGUCGGCUUUGACUCUGGGUGGAACUCAGGUUACUUCRGAUGGUAUAAAGUACGAUGCCACGGCGGCGGACCUUAGUUCUACCGCGUUUAAACCACUGCAGCAGCAACAGGGUCAACAUUGCGACAACCCGACGACUAUUGCGCCGCAGCAGCAACAGCUCUAUAUCAAUGGCAACAAUUACCAGCAACAACAGCAACUUCAACAACAUCAACAGCCUCAAAACCAGWUGCAGCAACAGCAACAGGUGCAGAACAGUUCUUUAGCGCCGGUCAGUAGUACCAAUACGGCCAAAGUAACGGUACUUCUAAACUCGUCUUCGACUACGGCGGACCAGCAGCAGACCGGUGUCAAAGCUWUGAAUGAUGGGUCAGCGGCGCUUAAAUAUCAGACAGCCGGACAGCAACAAACCUCGUCACAGGCUUCAACUUUACAUCCGACACCGCCGCAGCAAAACACGCCGGUCAGCACGCCCAGAGGCGCUCUGCUGAUAAGCGGCGGUGGACUUGGGCUCAGAGAUCUGACGGCCUCACCGUCGGACACCCUCAGCGAACCGGACUCGAUGCGCUCGUCGUCGUUGCGGGGUAGCAACGGCCGKGAYGGUCGACGACGGUUGCCCGACUUACCGCCGCCUGACAUGGAGAUAGCUGGCGCACAGUGGCCAGCGGCUGCAAAUGCUAARCGCCGUGAGCGGAUGAUGCGAGCCAUGAUGGAUAAGUUUAAGUAA